AAGACCCUCUUGCUUGCUCUUAUAAAUUCUCCCUGAGAAUGAUAACCCCUUGUUCUCCUAAGUUAAGAGAUGUUCGUGUCUUUCAUUGAUAAUGGCGGACGACGGCAUGUCCAUUGUACCAUACGGAUCUUCUAACUCCGAUGUCGUACUACGCCAUAAUGACUCCGUCGUGGUUUUUGAUCGGGACUCUCAGCAGCUAGUACUUCGGAAUACAACUAAGAGCAAUGCCGACAUUGACUUGACCGAUUGUCCUUAUUGCCAUCGUCCACUGCACGAUAGCGGCGCAGGACAAGAAAGCCGUCACACAAGUCCAGGAGGACAACCUGAGUUUGUCAAUCCCAACUAUUUUCGCAUGCUUCAUAGGAGUCUUCCUAGCUCUACAAACUCGUCAACUUCAUCAUCCCCCCACCGACGCCUCGUCCAGCCGGCUCUUCCAGAUGGCCCGACCAGCGAACCAAGCGGGGGUACGUCCGCUUCCCAGGGUAUAUCGUCGGCCGCAUUCAUCCCAAACUACUUCAAGAAGUUUUUUGUCGAGGAAGGAAUUCUAGGCAAAGGAGGCAAAGGAGUUGUCUUGCUCGUGAAACAUGUGUUGGAUGGUGUGUCCCUAGGACACUACGCUUGCAAACGCGUACCUGUCGGAGAUGACCACGAAUGGCUUGAGAAGGUACUCGGAGAGGUACAAUUGUUACAGCAUCUCUCACAUCAAAAUCUCGUGUCUUACCGUCACGUAUGGCUUGAAGAUGCGAAGAUCACCACAUUUGGGCCAAGUGUGCCUUGCGCGUUCAUCCUUCAGCAAUACUGCAACGCCGGUGACCUGCACAACUACAUCUGUGGAUCGGUACAAACAUCUACAACUGCCCAACAAUUGAAAGAGCGUCUAAGGAGGAAGUCCAGAGGCGAGCCGGAUCCUCGUACCGAUCCUACCGAAUUUCGCAAACUCCACUUUGAGGAGAUAUACUCGUUCUUCAAAGAUAUCACAUCCGGGCUUCGAUAUCUCCAUGCGAAUGGCUACAUCCACCGUGAUCUCAAGCCUAAUAAUUGCUUAUUGCACAAAACCAGUGAUGGUAUACGCGUAUUGGUCAGUGACUUUGGCGAGGUCCAGGCCCAGGAUGCGAAACGACUCUCUACCGGGGCGACCGGAACUGUGUCGUACUGCGCACCCGAAGUGUUACGACGAGAUUAUCCUGGAGGGCCAUUUGGGAACUUUACGUUCAAAUCGGACAUCUUCUCAUUGGGGAUGAUUCUCUACUUUCUAUGUUUUGCACAGCUUCCCUACAGCAAUGCUGACCUUAUCCAUGAAGAGAGGGAAGAUCUUGAUCGGCUCAGGGAAGAAAUCAGCCAGUGGACUGGAUUUGAUGAUGCGCGCAGGAUGAGACCUGAGUUGCCUGAACAACUCUAUACCUUUCUAGAACGGCUAUUAUCUGUGAAUCCUGAUAGGCGGCCAUCUGCGGACGAUGUUUUGAACGGUCUUCAAGCUGGGGCUACUGUGAAUGAAAACAUCCGCUCCCGAAGGACCGGCUCCUCGGGCUCUGAAGGACACCCUAGUUCCAGGAUGCAAUUCAUUGAAAAUCAAACAUCUACUUCUUUCUCCAGGCCACCUACGUCUCCACGAAAACCAUUUUCACGGAGUCCGGUGGCUCUCCGACGUAACCCUCCAUACGAGUCCAAUGGAGGCGGUCCGGUGCCAUUUGUUGACGACAUGGGUCCUCACAAUGAAAGGAGGAUGUCUCUAAGCCCUGAAAGAGAUGUGGUUCUUCGAGCGAGGUACUCUGGUCCUCCACCUCUUCCACCUGUUGAAAAUGAGGCCGCUGAAGUGCAUGAAACUCGUGAAACUGUUCAGCAUUUACUUCCUCCACCCCCAAGUGGGGCGAUCCUGAUGAGGUAUUUCCCAUUCUUUUCAACCUUACUUUCUGACUUGCAGCUUCCGCUACAUACAGUUCAACUGGGAUUCUUUAUUCUAAAGGUUGUUUCAGCGUUCCAGCCCUGUAGUCCUCUUGCGGUGAACCCCUGGAUGUUCUAUCCUUUACUAUUGCUAGCAGCGUUGAACCUACGGACUCAAAGCAUCGGCAUGCAAACAAUGUUUCUCAUCUUACAUCUUUUUGCCGUUAGCCUCAGCAUGCAGUUUGGCGUUAUGUGCCUCUGGCAGAACCCACGGUUGAUGUUUUCAAAAUAAUCUUCGCUCCUGUUUUGUACUAUCACAACUCGGUGCUGCCAGCCCUUGUUGCUUUGCUCUUCUCUCCGACGGGGUCCAUUAUGAAUGUAUGUCAUUACGAGUUUUAGUUAUUUUCGAGAGCCUGAGCAUGUGUGCAUAACAAUCAAGCCACUGGAAAG